CCUUUUGUUAGUGUAGUACUUACAAUUUAACUUUGCCUUCUCAAACUAUCAAGGGAUCGGACAAAAAGUUUAAUAUAAAGCAAAACUUAAGAUAUCUUGAAACUUGGAGAUUUUGGCUAGCAUAACACCUACAGUUGAACUCAUGUAAUUCGAACUCCUAUAAUUCGAAAACUCACUUAAUUCGAACAGAUUCUGUGGUCCCCUCAGAAUUUACCUUGAAAACCUUACAAGAAAACUCCUAUAAUUCGAACCCAUGUAAUUCGAAAAAUCAUGUAAAUCGAACAGAUUUUCCGGUCCCAUCAAGAAAUUUUAAUCAUGUAAUUCGAAUUUUCGAAUUUUUUGAGUUUUUGAAGCUUACCAACUCGAUAAUUUGCAAUCGAAUGUUUUUUUUUUACAUUCGAUUUGAGCUCGUCCACUGCUUUUGGCUUCCAUUUCUUAUCAAGACAAGAUGGGGAAAAGAAAGCAUAAAGAACUCACUUUAAAAACAAAAUAUGAAGCUUUCCGUGACUUGGAGGAUGGUAUGUCCAAUAAAGACGCAUCCAUCAAGUACUCCGUUCCAAGCAGCACCUUGUCAACAUGGAAGAACAAUAAAGAGAAGAUAUUCCUUGCUUUCAAAAACUCGUCACUAAAACGCCAGAGAGUUAAGACUGACAAGUACGAAAAAUUGAAUGAAUCGUUGUUGACUUGGUUUACCUCAAUGCGUGGUAACAACAUCCCAAUUAAUGGACCAAUUUUAAUCGGGAAAGCUCGUGAAUUUGCCACAGCAUUCAACUAUGAAGAUUUUUCAGCAUCGAACGGAUGGUUGAGAGGCUGGAAGGAGAGAUAUGGAAUCACAUUCAAAGAAGUAUCUGGGGAGUCUGCAAAAGUAACAAGUGAGAUGACAGCACCUUGGGAAGAAACUACCCUACCAACUAUAUUGGCCAGAUAUGAAUUAAAAGACAUCUUCAAUGCCGAUGAUCGUGGAUAUGUAUAAAAAUCCGGAAGUAGAAGUCAUCGAUGACGGCUCUUCAGACGACGAAAGUGCAGAGUGUCCUGAUGAUGAACCAAUUCCACCCCCAUCGCAAAAUGAGAUUGACGACGCAAUCGAGACUCUCAAAAAGAUGACUCUUUUCGAAUCAUCGAACGUCAUCCCAUUGAUUCAGAAGAUCUCCGAAGAGAUUUCCAAGAAACGAGAGCAGAAAAUGAAACAAUCAACAAUCAAAGACUUUUUCGAAAAAUUAUGAAUUUAGUAUUUCAUUAUUCUAACUCGAAAAUACAAAAAUUAGUUCGAAAGUAAACCUGGGAAAGACUUUUUUCAUCGAAUUAGGUCAAAAAUAUGAAAACUCAUCUAGUUCAAAACUCAUGUAAUUCGAACAAAAUUCUCGGUCCCUUGAGAAUUCGAAUUACAUGAGUUCAACUGUAUAUAUAUAAAAUGGUUACUUCUCUUCGUGUAAAAUAAAUGCUCACGCUAACUUUGAUUGAUCAGAAAUUAAGAAAAGAAAUGUUCGAAUGUACUAAUCAUUACAACCAAGGCAAGAAUAUCUAAAUUACCAAAGCGGGGUUGUUUGUUACCAGUACCUCUUUUAGAGCUGAGAAAACUUUAAUGUUGAAUUAUUGGGAACGUCUUAAUGAGC